GGCGAAGAGGCGCCGGCAGACAGACGGUGCUGCUGAGGAUGAUGGGAGUUGCUGGUGAGGGGCGUGUCGCCACACCUGAGCUCCGUCCGCCCCACGGAAUGAAGCUGUCAUCCGAAAACAAGUGCCCGUGCACGACUUUCCCCCGCGCCACGCGACCGCCGUCAGCAGCUUGUAUUGAGCGCUCCAUGCGCGUGAAAGGCGACGUCGGCUGCGCCAGAACCCGGUGGAGAGUUCCGCUGCGUCCGCGCGCCCUGCGGAGAUGGCGAAGAGGAGUUCGGCCAAGAACAAAAGCGCCCUGAAGAGUUUGUUCUCCAGGAGCGAAGUGAACCUGGACGAGUCGGUGGAGAAGGAUGCGGAGAAAAAGAAGUUCCGGUUCCUGAAGUUCAAGACAAAGUCGAGGAAGGAGUCCGGCACCGAGAAGGCGGCUGCAGAGAGCCAGCAGGUGGUCAGUGCGGUUGAAGUCAACAGCGCUGCAGAGGACGGAGAGGACGGAGCCGACGCCGCGAAGCCAAAAAGCAGGUCUCGCCUGUACGCCACGGCUCCCAGGUCAAAGAGUAAAGAAUUCAGCUACUCGGAGUUGGACCUGCGAAAACCCAAACGAUUCGCCACGUUUUCGUUCGGCUUCGGAAAGAGGAAAAAGAAGGAUGGAGAGAAGAGGUCCAAAAGCACAUAUGGCCUCGAUGACACGAGCCGAGAAGAGAAGGAGCAGACUCCUCUGGACCUCCGACCGCUGGACGUGGACGAGUCCAGGACUAAGUUCAUGUCUCAACCGGAGCUCGACACCGGCUACAAGUUCGACAUCCCCUCUCCUCCGCCCGUGGCCGCAGCCCCGUCUGAGUCGCCCUUUACGUUCCCCAGGCAAGCGGCGCCGCCCGGCCCAGUUAGCGCCGCCGAGCCGCCAGCAAACAGCGCCGCCCUCUGUGUUGUGCACGAGCCGAGGGCCCCGAUCGCCUCCAUCCCUGAGCUGCAGCUGGAUGAGGACGAGCUGACCGGUCCCGAUGAGGCCCAGCCGGCCACAUCGGACUCCGCCUCAUCCGGGCCCGCGAGCUGUGCAGAACCCAGCGGGCAUGUUAGCGAGGCUAGCCUCGCGCUUAGCCCAGUCUGCAGCACCACCAGCGCCCACGAUGACGACAUCCUCCAACAGACACGCACGGAAACGCAAACGCUUCACACUGUGACAUCGUCACAUCGUCCGGCUGAAGCUCCGGCCGAAACCUUCUUGCAAAGUGUAGAACCUGAACUUUACACCACAAUCGCAGACUCGCCUCCCGUUGAGCACAAAGAGCCCUCUCAUGUUCCCGGACCUGCCUCCAUAUCAUCGGCCAAUAGCCGCGUUAAGACUCAACCUGUCGAUCAGGAUGGAAUUUACAGAGAGUUGUACGAUUCACUGUUCCCUCAGGGUUUUAUCUCUGCCGUUGGUCCAGAGACGGGUCGUUUCCCCAAACCGGAGCCCGUCGUGAUCAGAACCUUCUACGAACGUCACACGGAAACUGAUGCUGCGCUCUUGCGCCUGCCAGCUUCCCACGAAUCCUCUGGUUGUAUAGAUGACGACGCCAGUUUCAGCUCCGCAUUCACCUCUCAUCUCAGCUCUACUACAGCUACUGACGCUUCCCUGUCAUCACACAUCCAGGCCGGGUCUCUCACUUCCUACACGCGUCAUUCAGAGCUGUCCUGCUCCCAUUCAGGGGCUGAAUCUGACGACUUCAGCCUCUUUCAGGACACUGUCACGUCAGCCUUGGUUCAGAACGCUGCCCCUCCCGUUUCUCACCACGGAACAUCCCGGGGGGCAGAUGCUCAAGUUACCGACUCCAAACGGAGAGUGAUCCUCGUCAAAGAGCUAGUCACCGAUGAGGCGAGCUCUGAACCCGACCGUCCCGACAGAAUGAGCGCCGCCGAGGUUCUGGAGGUAAAGACGGAAGCCCCGUGUGGGCCGCUGGACGUCCACGAGGGCCCGUUGAGCCCCGCGUACCUGAGCGUAGGCUCCGACGACGGCAGCGCCAUGGAGAUGUACUACAGCGCCGAAGAGGACAACUCAGAGGAGAGUCGGGUGGAGGAAAUGUACACGGUGGAUGAAAGAGAGGACGUCUGUGUGGGAGACGUCCUGGUCCACAAGCAGCGGGACAGGAGUCAUGAGGGAGGUGUGAGGGGGAUCAUUGUGAAAAUACAGAAUGAGGGAGGCGACGCGGGCAACGAGGCACAGACGGAGGAUUCCAGCUGCCGAACCGAUGUGCAGCCGCAGCCAGGAGAUGCUGAAGGGCAGCUUAGUGUCGGCAGAGAAGGGCCGAGUCAGCAGAAAGCAGCAGCAGCAGCAGCAGCAAGCGCAGCGCUGGCCCCGAGCGGAGGGGGAGGGGGGGAGGCGAGGAGGGAGGAGUCACUGGCCACACCGGUCGAGCAGGUAAACACGCCGAUGGUAUGUGAGGCUGAGCCGCGUGGCCGGGGGGAGGGGCCGGAGGGAAACCGGAGCCAGAACCUGGAAACAGAAGCCCACCUUCAUGGACAGGAGCAGCACUGUGUGUCUGACAAAGACCCCAGAGGCGCCGCCCGGCUCCGCGCUGCUCCCAGCGACUCGGGAGGCGAAAGGGUGAGCGCGCCCGCGCUCAGACAGGCAGCGGACGAGCCAGAACCCGCACGCGGGAGCCGGGAAGCGAGCCGGGCCGAGCCAGAACCCGCACGCGGGAGCCGGGAAGCGAGCCGGGCCGAGCCAGAACCUUCGAGCGCCGCGCCGGACCCUCCCCCUGCGGCGGAGCUCGCGUCGGGCCCGCAGACGCCCGGUGCCGAGCCGCCGUCACGCGCCACGAGGAGCGAGGGGGCGGAUCCGAUUGCUCAGAGCGUAAACAGAAACGGGCCCGUGCACGAGCAGGUGGCAGUCGAGCCGUCGGCCUCGGACGCAGACGCACCGCAGCCGGCUAGUCGAGCUGCAGAGGUGGUGAGAGAGGGACAGGAGGCCCGACCGGACCAGGACCAGGACCAGGACCAGGGUUCCCCUGCAGCAGAUUCUGUCUGUGCCGCUCAGGAAUCAGAUGACAACAUGAGUAAAGUCUACAGCAGCCUGAGCACCAAGCUGUCCAUAAAGAGCCGGUCUCUCCCCAAAGAGGACGAGUCCAAGCACCGCGUCCGUAAAGUGUCCCUGAUCAGCGAGGCGGAGACCAGCGCCGCCCAGGACGCGGUGGACGCCCCCAGAACCAGCAGCGCUGUGUCCAACGGAACCGACAGCAGCCCACAGUACAAGUGGAAAAACAAGUUCGAUGGGGUGACUCAGUUUAAACCCUCCAAACCGGAGGGCUCCCUGUCUCCCACCUUCUCCAGCCCCUCCUCCCUGUCUCCCCCCUCCUCCCUCUGCGACGCUCCGGCGUACGACUUCAGCAGCGCGUUCUCCUCCUCCUCCUUCGCCUACUCCACCUCCCUGGAGGAACACAAUAGGACUGAGGCUCAACUGACCCGCGAGCGCGAGCCAGCGGCAGACGGGUGGAGGAGGAGCCUGGUGGAGCGGGAGGAGCCGCCGGCACCUGCAGGUGGAGGUGAGAGAGGGAGAGAGGCAGCGGGUGAGUCAGAGCGGCUGCAGCCGCGCUGGGACUCGCCGCAGCCUCCAACCAGCCGCGCCGGCGCCUCCACGGAGGACUUCACCGGGGUGUUCAAGGCGACGCUGGUGGACCUGGUCCCAGAGCCUCCGGCCCCCCCCUCCUCCCCCCCCGACUCCCCCGACGUGGACUUCUCCAGCCAGUUCGACAUGGACAACCUCGUGGACACCCUGAAGAGCAUGGGCCCCUCCCUGAGGCCCAGGGCCGCGCUCCCGCGUGCGGCGCCGCCGUCCCUCCUGUCCUCCCUGCCCCCCAUCGACGAGGACACGCCGCCCGCGGCCGCCGCCACCGACGUCCCCGACGCCGCCAUCGGCCCGGCUAAGUCUGAGCACAGCCCCCGCGAGGAGCCCCCCCGCAAGCGUUACACGCUGCCCCCCGAUCUGGGCCUGAGGAGGACUGUGGUCAGAGACAACCGCACGCCGGCGGAGCUGAUGAAGCAGAACCUGCAGGAGCAGCAGCUGCCUGCAUCAAAAGGCCUCAACCUGCCGCUCAGAUCUUUGACCACCAGCAGAAACUCCUCAGACGUCCCCACUGAGGAGCUAAAGUCGCCGGUGCUCAGUGAAAACGGCGUCGCCCCCUCCAGCAUCGGCUCCCGUCUGGACAACAGCAUCAUCUUCAGGAGCUACAGGUCGUCGUCCACAGAGGACAACGGGAGGACCCAGCGGCCGCUGCUCCACGCUAACUCGCUGCCGGAAGCGGGGCCCGCGAGCGAGCCGGGCCCGGACGCCGCGGGACCGCGCUUCGAGCGCUUCUCCUUCCUCAGCUUCCUCACCUCCUCGUCCUCCUCGUCGGGCUCCUUGACUGGAGCCGACGAGCCCGGCUCCCGCGUGAGCCGCCCUCCGUCGCUCAGCAUCAGCUCGAGCCCCUCCAGCAGCAGCCCCACUCGCCUGCUGAGCCCCGCCGGCUCCGUGGACCUCCAGAGGCCCUUCGCCAGCGCCGACGCCCCGCUGUCCGUGUUCGGCCCGGCGCCGGGGAUGGGCGUCGGGACGGCUGGGCCCCCCCUCCUGCAGAGGAGCUUCAGUAGCGAGCGCACUGCAGGGCUUCAGCAGAAUUCACUGUUCAACAGCGGGCCGUUCCAGAGCCAAGAACCAGAACCCGAGAGGAGUCUGACCCUGAAGUACAGAGCCUUCCCUGAUGCCUAUCUUACGAAGCAGAAGGAGCACGGGAAGCUGAAUCCUCGGCCUGGAAAGAUGUACAUAUUUGACCAGCCGGGCAUGUGCGGCCAGAGGAUCGAGAUCCGGGGUGACGUCAUUGAUGCUACACCCUGGGAGCUGCAGGAGACCAUCUCCAUCAGGGUCGUCCGAGGAGGAUGGGUCCUGUACGAGAAACCCGACUUCAAAGGGGAGAAGAUUGCCCUGGAUGAGGGAGACAUAGAGCUGACCAACCCGUUCCUCCCCCCGGGGGCGCCCACAGAGCGCGACCAGAGGGCCAGCGGGGAGCGGAACGGAGAGACGGAGGAGGAGGCGGUGGAAACGAAGCCGGCGCUGAGGUUCAUCAUCGGAUCUGUGCGACGGGCCGUUCGGGACUACAGCGUUCCAGAGAUUAGCCUUUUCCCUGAGGAGAACGCAGAAGGGAAGAAGGUCAUCUUCCGUGACACUACGGAGGACGCCAGGAUUUUUGGCUUCCCGGUCAAGGCUCACUCCAUCAUUAUCAACGCUGGGCUGUGGCUGGUGUAUGCUCAGCCCUUCUUCCAGGGAGUCCCCCGUGUCCUGGAGGUCGGGGGCUACUCCAACCCUGCAGCCUGGGGGGUGGAGCAGCCGUACGUGGCAUCAGUACAUCCACUCAAAAUUGGGGAACCAAGGGUGGAAUAUAUGAGUGAACCAAAGAUUGUGAUCUACGAGAAGUCCUACUUCACGGGGAAAUCGAGGACCAUAACCACCAACAUGAGGGACUUCAUGACACGGACAGACAGACAGCAGAAUGUUUUCAUGUACAACGUCGCAUCCCUUAAAGUCCUGGGAGGAAUUUGGGUGGGCUAUGAGAAGGAGGGCUUCCGGGGCCACCAGUACCUGCUGGAGGAGGGGGACUUCCACGACUGGAGGGUGUGGGGCGGCCACAACCCCGAGCUGCGCUCCAUCAGGCUGAUACGAGCAGACCUGACGGAUCCUUUGAUGCUGAUGAUGGAACAGCCGGAGGAGGAGCUGGACAUGCAGGAGGAGAACACCUUGGAGGUGACGGAGGCCGUUCCUGACGUGGAGCCACUCGGGUACAAAACCUCCACGCGCUCCAUUCAUGUCAUCAGCGGCGCAUGGGUGGCCUACUCGCAUGUGGACUACUCUGGGAACCAGUACAUCCUGGAGAAGGGUUUCUACAGUAACUGUGCUGACUGGGGCUCGGAGGACAACCGCAUCUGCUCCGUGCAGCCCAUCCUGCUGGCUCAAGGGGACAACUCCAGGAGCAGGAAUGAGAUAAUUCUGUACUCCGAGCCAGACUUCCAGGGGAACUGUCACGUGUUUGGCGACAACCAGACAGCGGUGCCAGAAAAAUUGCUCACCAAGUCAUGCAGAGUGGCGGGAGAAAGCUGGGUGCUCUAUGCAAACGAAGACUUCUGUGGAAACCAGUUCGUCUUAUCUGAAGGCGACUACCCCAGUUUGACCAGUAUGGGAUGCCCGCCUGGCUGCACCAUUCGCUCCGUGAGGAUCAUACCGAUGACUCUGUCGGUUCCCUCCAUCUCGCUGUUCGGCCUCGAGUGCCUGGAGGGCAGAGAGAUCACCGUGGACACGGACGUGGUCAGCAUGGUGGAGGAGGGCUACAACAACCACGUGCUCUCGGUCAAAGUCAGCAGCGGCUGCUGGGUGAUAUGUGAGCACAGCAACUACAGGGGGCGUCAGUUCCUACUAGAACCAAUUGAAAUCACCAACUGGCCAAAGUUCAGCUCCAUGCACACCAUAGGCUCCAUGUACCCCGUCAGACAGAAGCGACACUUCUUCCACAUUAAGAACACAGAGCGAGGCCACUACAUGUCCAUCCAGGGCGGAGUGGAGGAGCUGCGAUCGGGACGCGUGGUGGUGACGCCAGAGGCGGAGCCCAUGAGCGACGUGUGGUUCUACCAGGAUGGGCUGAUCAAGAACAAGCUGUCCCCCAACAUGAGCCUUCAGGUGAUGGGCAACGUCGAGCCGGGGAGCAAGCUGGUUCUGUGGUCGGAGACCCGGCAGCCCAUCCAGACCUGGACGGCCCAGACGACGGGCCUCAUCUCCAGCCUCACCUUCCCUGGCUUUGUCAUGGACGUCAAAGGUGGCAAAUCUUACGACAAGGACCAUGUGGUGAUAAUGCCAGAGAACGAGGAGAGGCCAAGCCAACAGUGGGAGAUAGAGCUGCUCUAAACCUUAAAUUGCUUUGGUGCCUGUAAUCUAUGAGCCUUCCUGCUCCAUAGAUGCUGCACACCCAGCCCUGCAGUGACCACUGAUGGGUUUGACCUCUUCCAUGACAUUGACUCCAACAUUUAUGUCAUCAUUUGUCAUCAAUUUGAGUAUUCAAACCAGCAUCUCCCUGUCUGUGAAGUCCCAGGCUGAUGCAAAUGUCCCGGCUGUUGUUUUCCCAGAGUCAACACCAGUGGUUAUUUUUGCUUCACACACGUAGUCGAGCCAAAGGAAUGUGCGGCCCGUCGGCGUGCGCCAUGUUUUUGUAAGAUAUUUAUACAUAUGUGUGUAGUGUUCGUGUUUUGUGCCCAGCGUUGCAGUUCCGUAUACACUAAUGCAUCAGUGUUGUCUGAACUGGGCCACACGGACCUUAUUUGUUAAAAGUCAAGAUUGUUACUUGAAAAUGAGGAACCUGCUUCACCUGUAUAUUCAUAUUUGAUACUAAAGCUUCAAGGCAAAUGUUAUGUAAUGUGGUGGUUUUAGAACGCUGUUAAAUAAUGCAAUUAAAAAUAAACCUUGUUAAAUAAGU